CCUAGACGAGCCUUAUUAUACUCCAUCUAUAUUUAAACUCCGGAGCUCAAAACAGCAGGCCACUUCUCAGUCUUGAGAUCUGUCGAAACGAGGGCGUGGAGGGUCUGCCGGAAACAAGUUCCGGAUGUCGCUGGGUCUGCCGGUGGCUGCCACAGUGAACUGCGCAGACAACACCGGUGCCAAGAACCUUUACAUAAUUUCUGUAAAGGGAAUCAAGGGUCGCCUUAACCGCCUCCCUUCUGCUUGUGUUGGUGACAUGGUGAUGGCAACUGUCAAGAAAGGCAAGCCUGAUCUCCGUAAGAAGGUCUUGCCUGCUGUUAUUGUGCGCCAGCGCAAGCCAUGGCGCCGAAAGGACGGUGUUUUCAUGUACUUUGAAGAUAAUGCUGGUGUCAUCGUAAAUCCAAAGGGCGAAAUGAAAGGGUCUGCGAUCACUGGACCUAUCGGAAAGGAAUGCGCUGAUCUGUGGCCAAGAAUUGCAAGUGCAGCCAAUGCCAUUGUUUAAGUUCUUCAAUUCCCUUAUUUAUAUUGUUUUGUUUUUUUUUCAAAUUUUACUGAUAUUAGUUUGACUAUCAUGUAGACUGUUUUAUGAUUGUAAGGGAGCCUAUUUCUUUUAAUCACUACAAAAUUUCGGUAGGUCCAUUUAUUUUCAUGUUUUCUGUUCA